UUCUACUUGUGUUAAAAUUUAGCUUGGGAAUUAAAGGGUCCGCGAAGGAGAAGAUCAAUCAUAUUUUUCUGGAGCAGAAUCCGAUGGAGGACAAUCGUGUCAUGCGAAACCAGAAGGUGGGGGUCUUUGAUAUCAUUAAGCAAGCUCCAACAAUCUUUCCCAACAUCUUCAUCUUCAUCAUCUUCAUCUUUCUGACUUCCCUCCCUCUCUUCUUCUUCAUGGUUUACUAUGAAAUUUUCCUUCAAACAACUCUGGUUGAUGCCUCAAAUAUUCUAAAGAAGCGUUCUGGUUAUUACUUUUACUCUGUUUGGUCGACAGAGACGGACUCGAUACGUCCCGCUAUACCCCAGAAAUCAACCAAAGAUGUUCUUCAUGAAUUUGCUCAACGGGGUCUACUUCAUCUGGUGCCCCGCCAUCUCCUUGAACUUUGUACCGUAAUUGUAACCGUUGAUUUGGCAUCGAAGAUACACGCAGAAGAGAGAGAAAUGACUCUCAAGGAGAUGAUACACAGACCCAUUAACGGGGCAAGAAUGAGAGGCACUUUUAUCACAUCCUUGUACGUUCUCUUCUUUUCAACUUGUACCCUUUCCGGAUUGAUAUGGUUAGUGAUGAGCUACUAUGCUGUUUGGAGACAUCCUAUGUUCGCUGACUGCGGGUUUCUAGUGUUUUAUGGGCCCAUUUUUGUUGCACUGCUGACGAAAUAUUUAGAAUGGAGUGCUGUGUGGAAUAUGGGCAUUGUCAUUUCAGUGUUGGAGGGGACCUACGGGAUUGAAGCAUUGCUGCAUUCUGCUUACUUUAGCAGAGGUAGCGAGCGGCGUGGCCUGCUUUUGAUGCUUGUUUUCUUUGUUUGGGGACAGGGUUUAAGGUUGGCAUCCCUCUACUUUGGAUGCUAUGAAGGAGGGAUGGGAAUUGUUGCACAAGUUGGGUUGUGGUGGUUGGGGAAUGUGUUCAAAUGGGUGGUCUGCAUGCUAUAUUUCUACGAUUGCAAGAAGCGGACUUUGGAGAAGAAAGUUGAUGUCGAGCUUGGAAGAGCGAUCAAAGCUGUUGAUAAUAUACGCAAAGAAGCAGAGACGGAGUAGAUGGAAUUGGUAAUUUGCAUUCACAAAUUAUGUUCUUAAUUUGUGAUUUAUUAUAAUAUCGUUGUCGUUCUUUGAUAAGAGUACGUUGUAUAUCUGGAAUUAUAUCAAUGGAGAAAUUCCAGCCGUCUCUGCUGCUAUUUGUCUUGCCUAUGUGGUUGUUGUUAAGACACUUGUAACUUGUAAGCUUUAUGGUACAAUGCAGCUCUUUGUUGGGAAAAUGAAUGAAUGGUUUCUUCUUU